UUUUGACAAUACUUCAAUAAAAAUAUUUUUUGUACGAAUACAAUCAUACAUAAAUGUCAUAAUUUUUUCCUUUUGAUGAUACGAUUGAUAUUGAUGUACUCCAAUUGAAACUUACUGGUUUUUAUUCAUUUCAUGCACGAGUUUAUACAUAUACAUACGCACAUUAUUGAGUAGUUGGGGACGGCGAGAAGGGGAUGUCUUUGAUUGCAUGUCUGCGCACCCCAUGUAAAAAACUAGGCAGCUGACUGCUGGUCCAGUCUUUCAGUACUCAGUAUCCAUGGUUUGCAGUGUCUAUAAAACAUAUUCCUGUAUUGUGUACUCACUUCAGUUCAAACACAGAUGGAAAUCAUGAGAAAAUCAAUAAAAUCUGAGAUUGGGAUUUAAUUUGGCAACAAGUUCUCCUAAAGAUACAAAAAUUCAACAGGAUUCUAUCGAUAAAUAGAAAAGAUUACAAGAAUCAAAAUGUUCACAUUAGUUGAUGAUAUGAUAAAAUAUCCUUGUGAUGGAAUAGAUAACGUUAUUAAAAUAUCCAAUUUCAAUAAUAAUGGAAUCAAUAUGAACUACGAUUACACGGAGCAUAUAAACAGUGCAACAGAUACUCAAUUCCAACCACCACCAAAUACCGAACCGACAUUAACAGAAAAUAUUAAUUAUAUCUCAACAUCAUAUGAACUUUUGGGUUCACAGAAUGACGCUUAUCUCAACUCAUAUCAAAAUCAACCGGUUCAAAAUUUAAUAUCCAUAGAUCAAAAUGAACAAAAUAUCAUACCUAUUGUUCCUGAGUUUUCUUAUCCAAAUGUAAAUCUUAUGCCGACUAUUCCGAUCAACGAUUAUGCACUGGUUCCUUGUUAUUAUUUGGUGGUACCUGAAGAUGGUCUUGUUGCGCCACCCAUUAUCCCAGUGAACACUAUUUCAGAACAAGUUCCAGUGAGAUUUGAAGACCGCAGUAACUUUGUGAUGGUAAACGUAGACAAUGAGUUGGAAAAAACCAAUGGUAAUUUUAUUUAUCUUAAUAAUGUAGUCGCUCCAAAUACUCAGGAUUUGUUAAGUCAAGAAAAUGAAGUAAUUGAUACUUGCCAGACUUCUGUCGCUGAUUUUCCAAGUUGUGAAUUGCCAACAGACUCAGUAGACAAAUCAGUAUCUUUAGAAUCUUCAUUAAACAUAGAAGACCAGGAGACACCCGAUGCUUCUAUUUCUUCUCAUCCUGAAUCUGGAACUAAAUCCCAGGCAACAGAAAAAUCCCAUCCAUGUAAAAUUUGUAAAAGAAAAUUCAACAGUUUAAAUCAAUUAGAAAUUCACAUGGGAAUUCACGACGUUGGAGAUAAAUUAUUUAAUUGCUCUGUAUGCCAUGUCAAUUUCCAUCAGUUUCAUCUUCUAAAACGGCACAUGCGGAUUCAUAAAAGCACCGAAACAUUUACAUGUGAAAUUUGUUCAACAAAGUUUGAGUGGGCUGAGUUUUUGGAACAGCACAAAAAGCGUUGUAACGAUGCUAAAAAGCCGUAUCAUGUGUGCAAUGUUUGCCAAAUGAAACUCAGCAGUCUUUUGAAACUAAAACAGCACCUGCGUACUCAUAAGGAGAAGCAGACAUAUGAAUGCAGCGUUUGUAAGAAGAAAUUCAUCUGGCCGUCACUGUUAAACGUUCAUAUGCGCAUCCACACCGGUGAUAAAAGAUAUGAGUGCGAUAUUUGCCAUGUGAAAUUUACUGCGGCUUGUAAUAUGAAGAAGCACAAGCUCACGCAUACAGGCGAGAAACCCUUUCAGUGUGACAUUUGUCAGGCAAAAUUUACUCGAUCAAUUAGUCUCACUCAGCAUAAAGCAACCCAUACCAGCAGAACUGAAGAGUGUGAGAUUUGUAAGUCGAAAUUCAGGGGACCCUGGAAUCUAAAGCGACACAUGCGGAUCCAUACUGACGAAAAACCUUUCAAGUGCGACGAAUGCCAAUCGACAUUCUCUCAAAAAUUCUACUUGUCAAAACACAUCCGUCUUCACUACAACAAAAAAUCUUACGAGUGUGAUUAUUGUAAGAUGAAAUUGUCUCAAAAAUAUUGCUUGAUUCGCCACAUGAAGAUUCACGCCGGCAGUAGCGCGUACAAAUGCGAUGAAUGCCACAAAAAAUUCCAUUCCAUACGAGGCUUGAGUCAUCACAAGUGCGUCCAUACCGGAGAAGUCCCAUUUGAAUGUGAUGUUUGUAAGAAAAAGUUUUUGAAGUUAAAGCACUUGCUCAAACAUGAAAAUAUUCAUAAAACGAAGAAAAUGUACCACUGUGAUAUUUGUAACGCCGGAUUUAACCAAGUCGGUCAUGUUGCGGUCCACAAAAUAAGGCAUCAUGAAUCCCAACCGUCUCAAGAUUUUAAAUGUAAAUUUUGUGAUGAAUCUUUCAAGAGUAGUUAUUUCUUGAAGCUUCACCUUAAGAAUCAUAAGAAUGAAAAAUAUUUUUACUGUAACAUUUGCUUAUAUAAGACAAGAUGGCCUAUUUCAAUUAAAGUUCAUAUUCAAAAUCACUCAAAACCAGGGUUGUAUAUUUGUUACGACUGUGGAAGAUCAUCGAAAAGAAAAAUUUUGUUACUACAGCAUAGGAAGAAAUUUCAUAGUUCUUAAUUUAAAAUAUAAAACAUAUCCGUGCUUUUAAAGUUAAUCAAAAUUUAAAAAUUAAACUAUAGUCUGAAUAUAAAUCGAAAGUUGAAUUCAAAAUAAUUGUGGACUAAUUGUUUCAAUUGAU